AUGCCGCAACUCAAGCCCUACAAGGGCGCGUACUUUCUCUGGGACUAUGUGCCCUCGAUGCCGGCGGCCAUUGUCGCCGUCGUCCUGUUUGGGCUUCUCACAUCCGGCGUCGUCUGGCGGAGCGUCAGCACACGAACACGCUUCGCCAUUCCCUUUGCCCUCGGCGGCCUGUGUACGUUCUCGCCUCGCUGCGCGCGCACCACCCCCCAAAAGAACCUCGACGCUAACUUGUUCCCGUCCCCUUUUGCAGUCGAGGUCAUUGGCUACGUCGCCCGCGCCGCCGCCCCCGACCGGACGGACAACCUGAUCCUGUAUAUCCUGCAGAGCAUCUUCAUCCUCGUGGCGCCGGCGCUCUUCGCGGCGUCGGUCUACAUGGUGCUCAGCCGGCUGGCGCGCGCCGUGCACGGCGAGCGGCACCUGGUGAUCCGGCCGCGCUGGCUGACGCGCGUCUUUGUGCUCGGCGACGUCUUUUCCUUCCUGGUGCAGUCGGGCGGCGGCGGGCUGAUGGCGUCGGAGAGCUUCUCCAAGAAGUCGGCGCAAAACAUCAUCCUGGUCGGGCUGCUGAUCCAGAUUGUGCUCUUUGGGCUGUUCGCCGUGACGGCGGCGCUCUUCCACGUGCGGAUGCGGCGCUGGCCGUCGGCGGCGAGCACCGACGGGCGCGUGCCGUGGCAGCGCAUCCUGGGCAUGAUGUACGCGGCGAGCGCGCUCAUCAUGGUGCGCUCCAUCUUCCGCGUCGUCGAGUACGUCAUGGGCAAGGACGGCUACCUGCUCACGCACGAGUGGACGCUGUACGUCUUUGACGCGCUGCUCAUGGUCCUCGCCAUGGCCGUCUUCGUGUGGUGGUACCCGGGCAGGCUGGUGGCGCCGCCGGCCGCGUGGGACGGCGUCGGGGGGGAUGACGCCCGGGAUGCGAACAUGAGGCUCGUCGAGGGCGAGUAUGCGUCGUCACGCAUGUCGUCGCGGGGGCUUCAAAAGUAA